CCAGCCUCCAGGUCGGUUCCGAUCGGGACCGGAUGCGACUUGCGAGGAGGAGAGCCAAAGUGCUGUUUGGAGAAGCGCUGCAUUUUUCAUGCUGUUGGCCGCCGCUGCUGCUGGACUGGGCGGCAACGCAUGGGCGGUGGACUCGAUGCUGUUGGUUUGCGUGGAUGCCCUCCUGCAGUUUCCGGUUCAUGGGCGACGCUGCAUACAUAUCAUACCGGCAGAUUCCAUACAACAUUUGCUAGUACUUGCCCAAGUACCCAAGUACCCACUCCACCGACCUACUCUACUAUACAUCCUAGGUACGGUAUGCACCCCGCGUAGGAGUGGGCCGGUCGGCGGCACAGAACACAUCCGGGGACGAGAGAGGUAGAGUACUCUACAUACCUACUUACCUAGGUAACCAUCUAUCUCGCUCGAUUACAUAUUGCUGACGGACGGACGGCGGAACAAUUUACCCAGCACACCGGUGCCUGCGCUGCGGGGAAGGAUUGACGGAGGGUCUGGUCUGAUUGCAUGAGGGACGA